GAAAAGAACGGCCGAAAACGACCGCGUAUAAAUGGAUCGAUCUCAAAAUCGUGAAUCGUCAUGAGUAGAAAUCAAAUUGGCACGGUUUGGCGAGGGAAAAAAAGAGAGUUGGUUCGCUUGUAAAAGGCGUUGAGAGAAAAAUAAAUUUUCUAUCUCCAAAAAUAGACGAAUGAAAAAGGUAGAAGCGGAGUGAGUUUUGAGAUCUCUGUAUUUAUUUUGUUGCACAAAGAUUUGUCUCUACAUCGGGAGUAUACUCUAUAAUCCACAUUAUAUUUCCUUCCAAACUUCCUCUCUACGAUUUCAAGAUGGCGGACGGAAAUGCGCAAUCGAGAUACGUGAAGUUGACAAAAGAUCAAUCACCUGUGGAAGAUAUCACUCCCGGCGAACUUAAUCAGCCUAUUCAAGUCCCACAGUUAAUUAUUCAUAGAUGUGUUGAAUGUGGACAAGCUUUACCAGAAAGCUAUGAACCUCCUGCUGAUGAAGAUUGGACCACAGGAAUUUGUGCCUGUCUCGAAGAUUUUGACAGUUGCCGAACUGGACUGUUUUGCCCAUGUGUGUUGUUCGGACAUAACGUCGAAACUCUGAGAGAAGAUAUUCCAUGGGCAAAUGCAUGUGUUUGUCAUGCUAUGUGUGUGGAAGGCGGACUUGCACUUGCUGCAGCUACUGCCUUCUUUCAUGGAAUUGAUCCCAAGACAUCUUUUCUCAUUUGCGAGGGCCUGUUUUUCGCCUGGUGGAUGUGCGGCAUUUAUACUGGUUUGUUUCGACAAUCCUUGCAGAAGAAGUAUCAUCUCAAGAACUCACCAUGCGACCCGUGUCUGGUUCACUGCUGUAUGCAUUGGUGUGCCUUGUGUCAAGAGCACAGGGAGAUGAAGAACCAUUUAUCUGAUAAUUCUGAUACGCAGAUGACUGUUGUUAACCCUCCACCAGUUCAACAGAUGAACACUGAUGAAAGCCAAGAAUCUGCACCAGAUGCUCAAUCUUCUAGAAAUGGUGAAAACACCAACUUAGAGAUACAGCCUGUGUAGUAGUGAUGGUUCACCAGAUGCAGACAUCGUAAAGAGUUUAGCUCAGUUUUCAGUUUUUUACUUUCCUUUUUGUGGGUCUUUAAAUUGGGGCAACUUACUUGGGAAAAUCUGGCCAUUGCAAUUAUUUAAAGGGCAAAGUUUUAGUUUUAGUUAAUUUGUACUGUGAUCAGACUGCUAUGCUCUUUCCUCUACAGUGAAUUUGAUCAACAUCUUCCCUGAACAUCAAUGGACGAAACCCAUAUAUUUA